CGCUCUUCAGGAGAAAACCUCAUUACUCUUAAUGUACAUCCAGGACUUCACAGUACAGAUCUGUCAUAUAAUCCUCCUAAUUAUGAGGAACCUUCUCCGGACCAAUCACAGAUUGUUACCGCAAGUACAGGUCAGAAAAGGAUUAAAAUGUUUCAUUGUGGUAAAGAAUCCACAAACAGCUCAGGACUUUCUACACACCGAAGACGUCGCAAAGGAGAGAAAAUGUAUUCAUGUUCAGAAUGUGGAAAAUGUUUUACACGGAAAUCAUAUCUUGUUACACAUGAGAGAAUUCACACUGGGGAAAAGCCGUAUUCAUGUUCAGAAUGUGGGAAAUGUUUUACACAGAAAUCAGAUCUUGUUAUACAUGAAAAAUGUCACACAGGAGAGAAACCAUAUUCAUGUUCAGAUUGUGGGAAAUGUUUUACACAUAAAUCCAAUCUUGUUACACAUGAGAGAAUUCACACUGGGGAAAAGCCGUAUUCAUGUUCAGAAUGUGGGAAAUGUUUUACACAGAAAUCAAGUCUUGUUAUACAUGAAAAAUGUCACACAGGAGAGAAGCCAUAUUCAUGUUCAGAAUGUGGGAAAUAUUUUACACGGAAAUCAGAUCUUGUUAUACAUGACAAAUGUCACACAGGAGAGAAACCAUAUUCAUGUUCAGAAUGUGGGAAAUGUUUUACACAGAAAUCCAAUCUUGUUACACAUGAGAGAAUUCACACUGGGGAAAAGCCGUAUUCAUGUUCAGAAUGUGGGAAAUGUUUUACACAGAAAUCAGAUCUUGUUAUACAUGAAAAAUGUCACACAGGAGAGAAACCAUAUUCAUGUUCAGAAUGUGGGAAAUGUUUUACACAUAAAUCCAAUCUUGUUACACAUGAGAGAAUUCACACUGGGGAAAAGCCGUAUUCAUGUUCAGAAUGUGGGAAAUGUUUUACACAGAAAUCAGGUCUUGUUAUACAUGAAAAAUGUCACACAGGAGAGAAGCCAUAUUCAUGUUCAGAAUGUGGGAAAUGUUUUACACGGAAAUCAUAUCUUGUUAUACAUGAGAGAAGUCAUACAGGAGAGAAGCCGUAUUCAUGUUCAGAAUGUGGGAAAUGUUUUAGACAGAAAUCAGAUCUUGUUAUACAUGUAAAAUGUCACACAGUAGAGAAAUCAUAUUCAUGUUCAGAAUGUGGGAAAUGUUUUACACAGAAAUCCAAUCUUGUUACACAUGAGAGAAUUCACACUGGGGAAAAGCCGUAUUCAUGUUCAGAAUGUGGGAAAUGUUUUACACGGAAAGCAGAUCUUGUUUACCAUGAGAGAAUUCACACUGGGGAAAAGCCGUAUUCAUGUUCAAAAUGUGGGAAAUGUUAUACACAAAAAUCGGAUCUUGUUUACCAUGAGAGAAUUCACACUGGGGAAAAGCCGUAUUCAUGUUCAGAAUGUGGGAAAUGUUUUACACAGAAAUCAGACCUUGUUAAACAUAAGAGAAUUCACACUGGGGAAAAGCCGUAUUCAUGUUCAGAAUGUGGGAAAUGUUUUACACAGAAAUCAGAUCUUGUUAAACAUGAAAGACGUCACACAGGAGAGAAGCCAUAUUCAUGUUCAGAAUGUGGGAAACGUUUUUCAGAUAAAUCAAGACUUUCUACACACCGAAGACGUCACAAAGGAGAGAAAAUGUAUUCAUGUUCAGAAUGUGGGAAAUGUUUUACACGGAAAUCACAUCUUGUUGAACAUGAGAGAAUUCACACAGGAGAGAAGCCAUAUUCAUGUUCAGAAUGUGGGAAAUAUUUUACACGGAAAUCAUAUCUUGUUAUACAUGAAAAAUAUCACACAGGAGAGAAAUCAUAUUCAUGUUCAGAAUGUGGGAAAUGUUUUCCACAGAAAUCCAAUCUUGUUUUACAUGAGAGAUUUCACACUGGGGAAAAGCCGUAUUCAUGUUCAGAAUGUGGGAAAUGUUUUACACAGAAAUCAGAUCUUUUUGUACAUGAAAAAUGUCACACAGGAGAGAAACCAUAUUCAUGUUCAGAAUGUGGGAUAUGUUUUACACAUAAAUCCAGUCUUGUUACACAUGAGAAAAUUCACACUGGGGAAAAGCCGUAUUCAUGUUCAGAAUGUGGGAAAUGUUUUACACAGAAAUCCAAUCUCGUUACACAUGAGAGAAUUCACACUGGGGAAAAGCCGUAUUCAUGUUCAGAAUGUGGGAAGUGUUUUACACAUAAAUCAGAUCUUGUUAUACAUGAGAGAAGUCACACAGGAGAGAAGCCGUAUUCAUGUUCAGAAUGUGGGAAAUGUUUUACACAGAAAUCAGAUCUUGUUAUACAUGAAAAAUGUCACACAGGAGAGAAACCAUAUUCAUGUUCAGAAUGUGGGAAAUGUUUUACACAUAAAUCCAAUCUUGUUACACAUGAGAGAAUUCACACUGGGGAAAAGCCGUAUUCAUGUUCAGAAUGUGGGAAAUGUUUUACACAGAAAUCCAAUCUUGUUACACAUGAGAGAAUUCACACUGGUGAAAAGCCGUAUUCAUGUUCAGAUUGUGGGAAAUGUUUUACACAUAAAUCAGAUCUUGUUAUACAUGAGAGAAGUCACACAGGAGAGAAACCAUAUUCAUGUUCAGAAUGUGGGAAAUGUUUUACACAGAAAUCCAAUCUUGUUACACAUGAGAGAAUUCACACUGGGGAAAAGCCAUAUUCAUGUUCAGAAUGUGGGAAACGUUUUUCAGAUAAAUCAAGACUUUCUACACAUCAAAGACGUCACAAAGGAGAGAAAAUGUAUUCAUGUUCAGAAUGUGGGAAAUGUUUUACACAGAAAUCAGAUCUUGUUAUACAUGAGAGAAUUCACACAGGAGAGAAACCAUAUUCAUGUUCAGAUUGUGGGAAAUGUUUUACACAUAAAUCCAAUCUUGUUACACAUGAGAGAAUUCACAUUGGGGAAAAACCGUAUUCAUGUUCAGAAUGUGGGAAAUGUUUUACACAGAAAUCAAGUCUUGUUAUACAUGAAAAAUGUCACACAGGAGAGAAGCCAUAUUCAUGUUCAGAAUGUGGGAAAUAUUUUACACGGAAAUCAUAUCUUGUUAUACAUGAGAGAUGUCACACUGAGGAAAAGCCAUAUUCAUGUUCAGAAUGUGGGAAAUGUUUUAUAUAUAAAUCAGGGCUUGUUACACAUGAGAGAAUUCACACAGGAGAGAAACCAUAUUCAUGUUCAGAAUGUGGGAAAUGUUUUACACAGAAAACAGAUCUUGUUAUACAUGAAAAAUGUCACACAGGAGAGAAGCCGUAUUCGUGUUCAGAAUGUGGGAAAUGUUUUACACAGAAAUCCAAUCUUGUUAGACAUGAGAGAAUUCACACUGGGGCAAAGCCGUAUUCAUGUUCAGAAUGUGGGAAAUGUUUUACACAGAAAUCCAAUCUUGUUACACAUGAGAGAAUUCACACUGGGGAAAAGCCGUAUUCAUGUUCAGAAUGUGGGAAAUGUUUUACACAGAAAUCAGAUCUUGUUAAACAUGAGAGAUGUCACACAGGAGAGAAGCCAUAUUCAUGUUCAGAAUGUGGGAAAUGUUUUUCAGAUAAAUCAAGUCUUCUAAAACAUGAGAGAAGACACACAGGAGAGAAGCCAUAUUCAUGUUUAGAAUGUGGGAAAUGUUUUACACAGAAAUCAGAUCUUGUUGUACAUGAGAGAAGUCACACAGGAGAGAAGCCAUAUUCAUGUUUAGAAUGUGGGAAAUGUUUUACACAGAAAUCAGAUCUUGUUGUACAUGAGAGAUGUCACACAGGAGAGAAGCCAUAUUCAUGUUCAGAAUGUGGGAAAUGUUUUACACGGAAAUCAUAUCUUGUUAUACAUGAGAGAAGACACACAGGAGAGAAGCCAUAUUCAUGUUCAAAAUGUGAGAAAUAUUUUACACGGAAAUUAGAUCUUGUUAUACAUGAGAGAUUUCACACAGGAGAGAAACCAUAUUUAUGUUCAGAAUGUGGGAAAUGUUUUACACAGAAAUCCAAUCUUGUUACACAUGAGAGAAUUCACACUGGGGAAAAGCCGUAUUCAUGUUCAGAAUGUGGGAAAUGUUUUACACGGAAAUCAAAUCUUGUUAUACAUGAUAGAUGUCACACAGGAGAGAAGCCAUAAUCAUGUUCAGAAUGUGGGAAAUGUUUUACGCAGAAACCAGAUCUUGUUUACCAUGAGAGAAUUCACACUGGGGAAAAGCCGUAUUCAUGUUCAGAAUGUGGGAAAUGUUAUACACAGAAAUCAGAUCUUGUUUACCAUGAGAGAAUUCACACAGGAGAGAAGCCAUAUUCAUGUUCAGAAUGUGGGAAACGUUUUUCAGAUAAAUCAAGUCUUCUAAAACAUGAGAGAAGUCACACUGGGGAAAAGCCAUAUUCAUGUUCAGAAUGUGGGAAAUGUUUUACACAGAAAUCCAAUUUUGUUAUACAUAAAAGAUGCCACACAGCCGAGAAGCCAUAUUCAUGUUCAGAAUGUGGGAAAUGUUUUACACAGAAAUCCAAUCUUGUUAUACAUGAGAGAAUUCACACUGGGGAAAAGCCGUAUUCAUGUUCAGAAUGUGGGAAAUGUUUUACACAGAAAUCAGGGCUUGUUACACAUGAGAGAAAUCACACAGGAGAGAAGCCAUAUUCAUGUUCAGAAUGUGGGAAAUCUUUUACACAGAAAUCAGAUCUUUUUAUACAUGAAAAAUGUCACACAGGAGAGAAGCCAUAUUCAUGUUCAGAAUGUGGGAAAUGUUUUACACAGAAAUCCAAUCUUGUUACACAUGAGAGAAUUCACACUGGUGAAAAGCCGCAUUCAUGUUCAGAAUGUGGGAAAUGUUUUACACAGAAAUCAGGGCUGGUUACACAUGAGAGAAAUCACAUAGGAGAGAAGCCAUAUUCAUGUUCAGAAUGUGGGAAAUGUUUUACACAGAAAUCAGAUCUUUUUAUACAUGAAAAAUGUCACACUGGGGAAAAGCUGUAUUCAUGUUCAGAAUGUGGGAAAUGUUUUACACAGAAAUCAGAUCUUGUUUACCAUAAGAGAAUUCACACUGGGGAAAAGCCGUAUUCAUGUUCAGAAUGUGGGAAAUGUUUUGCACGAAAAUCAUAUCUUGUUAUACAUGAGAGAUGUCACAUAGGAGAGAAACCAUAUUCAUGUUCAGAAUGUGGGAAAUGUUUUACACAGAAAUCCAAUCUUGUUUACCAUGAGAGAAUUCACACUGGGGAAAAGCCGUAUUCGUGUUCAGAAUGUGGGAAAUGUUAUACACAGAAAUCAGAUCUUGUUUACCAUGAGAGAAUUCACACUGGGGAAAAGCCGUAUUCAUGUUCAGAAUGUGGGAAAUGUUUUACACAGAAAUCAGGUCUUGUUAGACAUGAAAAAUGUCACACAGGAGAGAAGCCAUAUUCAUGUUCAGAAUGUGGGAAACGUUUUUCAUAUAAAUCAAAAUGUGGGAAAUGUUUUACACAGAAAUCAAAUCUUGUUAAACAUGAGAGAAUUCACACUGGGGGACAGCCGUAUUCAUGUUCAGAAUGUGGGAAAUGUUUUACAGAUAAAUCAAAUCUUGUUAGACAUGAGAGAUGUCACACAGGAGAGAAGCCGUAUUCGUGUUCAGAAUGUGGGAAAUGUUUUAGACAAAAAUCCAAUCUUGAUGACCAUGAGAGAAUUCACACUGGGGAAAAGCCGUAUUCAUGUUCAGAAUGUGGGAAAUGUUUUACACAGAAAUCAGAUCUUGUUAUGCAUGAAAGACGUCACACAGGAGAGAAGCCAUAUUCAUGUUCAGAAUGUGGGAAAUGUUUUAUACAGAAAUCCAAUCUUGUUUACCAUGAGAGAAUUCACACUGGGGAAAAGCCAUAUUCAUGUUCAGAAUGUGGGAAAUGUUUUACACAGAAAUCAGAUCUUGUUAAACAUGAAAGAUGUCACACAGGAGAGAAGCCAUAUUCAUGUUCAGAAUGUGGGAAAUUUUUUACACGGAAAUCAUAUCUUGUUAUACAUGAGAGAUGUCACACAGGAGAGAAACCAUAUUCAUGUUCAGAAUGUGGGAAGUGUUUCAAACAGAAAUCAGAUCUUGUUAAACAUGAAAGACGUCACACAGGAGAGAAACCAUAUUCGUGUUCAGAAUGUGGGAAACGUUUUUCAGAAAAAUCAAGACUUUCUACACACCAAAGACGACACAAAGGAGAGAAAAUGUAUUCAUGUUCAGAAUGUGGGAAAUGUUUUACACGGAAAUCAUAUCUUGUUAUACAUGAGAGAAGUCACACAGGAGAGAAGCCGUAUUCAUGUUCAGAAUGUGGGAAAUGUUUUACAAGGAAAUCAGAUCUUGUUAUACAUGAAAAAUAUCACACAGGAGAGAAGCCAUAUUCAUGUUCAGAAUGUGGGAAAUGUUUUACACGGAAAUCAGAUCUUGUUUUACAUGAGAGAAUUCACACUGGGGAAAAGCCGUAUUCAUGUUCAGAAUGUGGGAAAUGUUUCACACAGAAAUCAAAUCUUGUUAGACAUGAGAGAUGUCACACAGGAGAGAAAGCAUAUACAUGUUCAGAAUGUGGGAAAUCUUUUAAACAGAAAUCAGAUCUUGUUUUACAUGAAAGACGCCACACAAGAGAGAAACCAUAUUUAUGUUCAGAAUGUGGAAAAUAUUUUACACAGAAAUCAUAUCUUGUUAUACAUGAGAGAAGUCACAUAGGAGAGAAGCCAUAUUCAUGUUCAGAAUGUGGGAAAUCUUUUAAACAGAAAUCAGUUCUUGUUAUACAUGAAAGACGCCACACAGGAGAGAAGCCAUAUUCAUGUUCAGAAUGUGGGAAAUGUUUUACAGAGAAAUCAUUACUUGUUAAACAUGAGAGAAUUCACACAGGAGAGAAGCCGUAUUCAUGUUCAGAAUGUGGGAAAUGUUUUACACAGAAAUCACAUCUUGUCAUACAUGAAAGACGUCACACAGGAGAGAAGCCGUAUUCAUGUUCAGAAUGUGGGAAAUGUUUUACAGAGAAAUCCAUUCUUGUUAUACAUGAAAGACGCCACACAGGAGAGAAGCCAUAUUCAUGUUCAGAAUGUGGGAAAUGUUUUACACAGAAAUCAUUACUUGUUAUACAUGAGAGAAUUCACACAGGAGAGAAGCCGUAUUCAUGUUCAGAAUGUGGGAAAUGUUUCACACACAAAUCAAUUCUUGUUACACAUGAGAGAACUCACACAGGAGAGAAGCCGUAUUCAUGUUCAGAAUGUGGGAAAUGUUUCACACUGAAAUCAAAUCUUGUUAUACAUGAGAGCAGUCACACAGGAGAGAAGCCGUAUUCAUGUUCAGAAUGUGGGAAAUGUUUCACAUAUAAAUCAAAUCUUCUAAGACACCGAAGACGUCACAAAGGAGAGAAAAUGUAUUCAUGUUCAGAAUGUGGAAAAUGUUUUACAAAGAAAUCACAUCUUGUUGAACAUGAGAGAAUUCACACAGGAGAGAAGCCGUAUUCAUGUUCAGAAUGUGGAAAAUGUUUUACAAAGAAAUCAUAUCUUGUUAUACAUGAGAGAAUUCACACAGGAGAGAAGCCGUAUUCAUGUUCAGAAUGUGGGAAAUGUUUUACACAAAAAUCCAAUCUUGUUAUACAUGAGAGAAGUCACACAGGAGAGAAGACAUGUUCAUGUUCAGAAUGUGGGAAAUAUUUUACACGGAAAUCAUAUCUUGUUAUACAUGAGAGAAGACACACAGGAGAGAAGCCGUAUUCAUGUUCAGAAUGUGGGAAAUGUUUCACACAGAAAUCAGAUCUUGUUUUACAUGAGAGACGUCACACAGAAGAGAAAGCAUAUACAUGUUCAGAAUGUGGGAAAUGUUUUAAACAGAAAUCAUAUCUUGUUAUACAUGAGAGAAGUCACACAGGAGAGAAGCCGUAUUCAUGUUCAGAAUGUGGGAAAUGUUUCACACAGAAAUCAGAUCUUGUUUUACAUGAGAGACGUCACACAGGAGAGAAAGCAUAUACAUGUUCAGAAUGUGGGAAACAUUUUGCACGGAAAUCAUAUCUUGUUAUACAUGAGAGAAAUCACACAGGAGAGAAGCCGUAUUCAUGUUCAGAAUGUGGGAAAUAUUUUUCACGGAAAUCAUAUCUUGUUAUACAUGAGAGAAGUCACACAGGAGAGAAGCCGUAUUCAUGUUCAGAAUGUGGGAAAUGUUUCACACAGAAAUCAAAUCUUGUUAAACAUGAGAGAAGUCACACAGGAGAGAAGCCGUAUUCAUGUUAUAAAUGUGGGAAAUGUUUUAGACGAAAAUCAUAUCUUGUUUUACAUGAGAGAAUUCACACUGGGGAAAAGCCGUAUUCAUGUUCAGAAUGUGGAAAUUGUUUUACACAGAAAUCAGAUCUUGUUAAACAUGAAAGACGUCACACAGGAGAGAAGCCAUAUUCAUGUUCAGAAUGUGAGAAAAGUUUUACACUGAAAUCAGAUCUUCUUAAACAUGAGAGAAGUCACACAGGAGAGAAGCCAUAUUCGUGUUCAGAAUGUGGGAAAUGUUUCACACAGAAAUCAAAUCUUGUUAUACAUGAAAGACACCACACAGGAGAGAAGCCAUAUUCAUGUUCAGAAUGUGGGAAAUAUUUUACACGGAAAUCAUAUCUUGUUAUACAUGAGAGAAGUCACACAGGAGAGAAGCCGUAUUCAUGUUCAGAAUGUGGGAAAUGUUUCACACAGAAAUCAAAUCUUGUUAUACAUGAGAGACGUCACACAGGAGAGAAAGCAUAUACAUGUUCAGAAUGUGGGAAAUCUUUUAAACAGAAAUCAGAUCUUGUUAAACAUAAAAGACGUCAUACAGGAGAGAAGCCGUAUUCAUGUUCAGAAUAAUGUGGGAAAUGUUUUACACAUAAAUCAUAUCUUGUUAUACAUGAGAGAUGUCACACAGGAGAGAAGCCAUAUUCAUGUUCAGAAUGUGGGAAAUGUUUCACACAGAAAUCAAAUCUUGUUAUACAUGAGAGACGUCACACAGGAGAGAAGCCAUAUUCAUGUUCAGAAUGUGGGAAAUAUUUUACACAGAAAACAGAUCUUGUUAUACAUGAAAGACGCCACACAGGAGAGAAGCCGUAUUCAUGUUCAGAAUGUGGGAAAUGUUUCACACAGAAAUCAUAUCUUGUUAUACAUGAAAGACGCCACACAGGAGAGAAGCCGUAUUUAUGUUCAGAAUGUGGGAAAUGUUUUACAGAGAAAUCAAAUCUUAUAAAACAUAAGAGGAAUCACACAGGAGAGAAGCUACAUUCAGAAUGA